UUCUUUUUUUUUUUUGAUUCUCUGUCUCUCUCUCUCUCUCUCUCUCUACAUUCAGAAUAAAAAUGCUUCGCUUCUGGAAGAGAGAGUAGGCAAUGAAAGCUUCUUCAAAUUCUGGGAAUGCUGCUUCUUGAGUUUGACGGAUUCUAAUCAGGUUCGGCUAGGCAACCGUCUUCCUCAUUUAAUUUCUUCUGAGAUCUUUGAAUAAAAUUAUUAGUAUGAAGGAUAAUGCUUAGAAUUAUUUGUGGCAUGGAAACAAGAGUGGGUCGUAGCAUUGUGUUAUUGUUCUUGUUGGUGGUGCUUGGUUGUGUUUCUGGGAAUGAUUCUGGAGAAUACGACAACUGCAACUGUGAUGAUGAAGAAGGGAUUCUAAGCAUACAAAACAUACUAGUUGGGCAGAAAGUGAGUGACUUUCUGAUCUCCAUUGCAUAUUUCUCCAUACCCAUUGAGCUACUUUACUUUGUGAGCCGUUCCAAUGUCCCGUUUAAACUGCUGUUUCUUCAGUUCAUAGCAUUCAUUGUGCUGUGUGGAUUGACCCAUUUGCUCAACACCUAUUCCUACCAUGGGCCUCCUUCUUUCCAACUUGUGGUUUGUCUCACAGUUGCUAAGUUCCUCACUGCCCUUGUUUCUUGUGCAACUGCAUUGACCCUUCCACCAUUGAUCCCUCUCCUACUUAAGGUCAAGAUCAGGGAGCUCUUCUUGAGGCAGAAUGUCUUGGAGUUGGAUCAGGAGGUUGGAAUGAUGAAGAAGCAGAAGGAGACGAGUUUGCACGUUCGGAUGCUCACCAGGGAGAUUAGGAAGUCCCUUGAUAAGCAUACUAUCUUGUACACCACGCUUGUCGAGCUCUCCAAGGCGCUGGAUUUGGACAAUUGUGCGGUUUGGAUGCCAGAUGAGGAGAGAAGGGAAAUGCAUUUAACACACGAAUUGAAAGCGAACCCGUCGAGGGAUUUUCGCAAUUAUGUCCCCAGGAACGAUUCGGAUGUUUUGGAUAUAAAAAUGAAUAGGGGGGUGAGGAUUUUGCGGCCAGAAUCUGCGCUGGGAAUUGCGAGUAAUGGCGGCCAUGGGGGCACUGGGGGUGCAGUGGCAGCUGUUCGAAUGCCCAUGCUUCGCGUUUCGAAUUUCAAAGGCGGGACCCCGGAGAAGGUUGAGACAUGUUAUGCUCUACUGGUUUUGGUUCUUCCAAAAUCAAACUUCCGUGUUUGGACUCACCAAGAGCUGGAGAUAGUGGAAGUUGUUGCUGAUCAGGUAGCUGUGGCCUUGUCUCAUGCAUUCAUUCUUGAAGAGUCACAGAGAAUGAGACAGAAACUCGCGGAGCAGAACCGAGUGUUGCAGCAGGCUAGAAAGGAUGCAAUGAUGGCCAGCCAAGCGAGGAAAGCGUUUCAGAAAGUGAUGAGUCAUGGAAUGCGGAGGCCUAUGCAUUCCACUCUGGGGCUUCUUUCGCUGUUACAAGAUGAAAAUAUGAGACCUGAACAGAAGAUUAUUGGCAACUCAAUGUUGAAAGUUAGCAGGGUGCUCUCAAAUUUAAUUAAUGACGUAGUAGGGAUUUCAGAGAAUGAAAAGGGAAGCUUUUCAUUAGACAUGAAACCUUUCCUUCUACAUUCAAUGUUGAAGGAAGCCGCUUGUAUUGCCAAGUGUUUGUGUGUAUAUAAAGGCUUUGGUCUUGAGAUUGAUGUCCAGAAAUCUUUGCCUGAUCAGGUUGUAGGUGAUGAUGAGAGGGCCUUACAAGUAAUUCUGCAUAUGAUUGGCGAUUUAUUGAACACAUACCAUCAAGGGAACCUCAAGUUUCGUGUCUUUUUAGAAAGUUAUGGUGGAGAUAAGGAUGAUAAAAUCAAUGAAGCAUGGAAUAUGAGGAAUCAAAAUGAUUAUGUACAUAUCAAAUUUGAUUUUCAGGUAAUUAGUAGUUCUCAAUCGGAGGAGCUGGUUCCAACCAUAAAUUAUGCCAGUAGUGGGUACCACAACAAUGAACAAACAGAGGGCAUGUGCUUCAGCUUGUACAGAAAGUUGGUGGAGAUGAUGCAAGGUUAUAUCUGGAUAUCACCAAAUCCUCAGUGUUUGCCACAAGGCAUGACACUUCUUCUGAAGUUUCGGAAAGCACCAAUGCUCGGAAAAUCCAUAGUUGCGCCAAGAGAUUAUUCGAACUCGCAGUUUAGAGGCCUUAAGGUUGUGUUAGCCGACGAUGACUGUGUAAACCGGAUUGUGACGAAGAAGCUACUCGAGAAGCUUGGAUGUCAAGUAACUGCCGUUUCAUCGGGUUUCGAGUGCCUGAGUGCCAUAAGCGCCUCAAACAACUCGUUCCGAAUAAUCUUGUUAGAACUUCAUAUGCAUGACAUGGAUGGUUCUGAUGUGGCAGGGCGGAUCCGGAACUUCCAUAAGUGGCCCUUGAUUGUAGCCCUUUUGUCGAGUGCCGAAGAACAUGAGAAGCAGAGAUGCAUUCAGGUUGGAAUAAAUGGAUUUGUGCACAAACCUGUACAACUUCAUGACAUGGCUGAUGAACUUGGAAGAGUGCUGCAACGUGCCGGUGCAUAAAGGCGUAAACAGUUUUAAUUUAUGUUCCUCAAAAUCUAUAACUAGAAGUAGAACCUGUAUAGAAUAUAGGGACCUUUUUGGGAACUUAAAAACAAUAAAUAUAAUAAUAAAACAUAAUUAUAGUGGGUCCACUUUUCUGGACAUUUCUAUGAUUGUGGUUCUGGUACCAUGAUUAAUUAUAGCUUUGUUAGCGGAAAUGAUCAAUUUAGGUCUUUGUUCCGGUGUAGAUUACAAGAUUCUUCUAUACACGUGUAGAAUGCAUAGCGUCAAGCUCCAAGGUAGGACUGCUGCAAGACACGGCCAAGUAUGACGACAACUUCUGAGAUAGUGGGGCUUAGUGAUAUAGGU